UACAUAUAAAUUAAUAGAAAAGUGCACAAUACAAAAUAGAGAAAACGAAAGACUUCGACUUUAGCAGCCGAAAGCACUUCCCAUGGAUCGCAGCUUGGAUUCCAUUGGCAGCUGUUCAUUAGAUGUUGAUGCCGAUUCAUCCGAUAUAUCAGAUACCAGCGGCAGCUUAAACUUUCCCACUCCGCUUUCAGUUAAGGACAUAACACGUGAAUUUACGGCGAAUAUUAAAGAACGUUGCACUCUGCGCUCGCCGCAACAACACCAGCAGUUACAUCAACAACAACAACAACAACAACAACAGCAGCAGCAGCAGCAGCAGCAGCAACUGCCACUGCCUUUGCAGGUGCAGCGUUCAUUCACCACAAAAGCCUACGUCAAUCUGGAUCAAAGUACGGGCGGUGUUCGCAUGGUGCUGUCACCGCCUGCCACCAGCGACCUAGUCGAUGUCGGCACACAGGAUCAACAACAACUGCAGCAGCAACAACAACACAGCAGCAGCAGCAUCAUCGUGGAUGCUGUGGAAAAGAAGCCGAGCUAUUUGAAUUUAGCCUGUUGUGUUAACGGCUAUUCAAAUUUAACCACCUACGAUUCGAAAAUACGCCAGGACAUCAAUAAGUCACGUGAAGUCUCACCCAUACGUCCAUCUACGAGCAGCCUGCAAUAUUGCAAGCGCAACAAUUCGCUCGCAGCGCCUGUGUUGCAUACAAUGCCGCUAACUAAACAGCCUGCCACAACGGGCAACAUGGCUAGCAAAUACAACGAAACAAACAACAAUAACAACAGCAGCAGUAAAAAUGGUCAUGGCUUGGAGAACGGAGACUUGGCCUAUUGCAAUGGCAGUGAGCCGAGUAAAUCGGCGUCUGCAACCACCAGCUUUAUACAGCAGCGCGUGGAAAGGCUUUACGGGCCGGGUGCCUUGGCUCAGGGAUUCUACAGUCCCAAAAAGCAAAAUUCAAUUCCUUCAAAGCAACAGCAGCAGCAACUGACUUCGCCUAGUUCCACGGAGCUGUCUCGCAAAUUUAAGCAAUUGUCGCCCAGCAAGGACUAUGGAGAGUUUCGCAAGAAACUGCAGAGCAAUUGCACGCGUUCGCAAUCCGAGCAACCAGCCGCCAGCACGAGCAACAAUAGCCAGGCUAUCACACAGAAUGGCGAAACGGAUUUGCCUGUCUUUCGUCAUUUGAGUCAUGAAUUUCGUGCCCAACUGCCGACGGUGUCGCCGAAGCGAGGCGUUCCGCGUGUUUCAUCGCUGCCAACUGAUGACGAUGAUGAAGUGGAUCAUGUGAAGCUAACGAGCAGCGAGGAAUACAUGAGCACCACCAAGAUACGUGCUGCUGCGGCUGGCAAGGAUAAUGGACCUGAGCUUCAGCUGACUCCAGUUGUGAACACGGAUGUUGUUAAAGAUGGCAAUUAUUUCCUGAAGGUACUCAAAGAUGAACAGAUUCGUCUGUUAGCGCUGGCCGCCGUUGCCGAAAAGUACUUAGAUGCUUUGGCUAACAAUCCUGAUAUAACCGAGGACACAUUUGGCUUGCUCCGCUCAGCUGCGGGCAAGGCUCGACUUCUGGCCUCACAGAAGAUGAAACAGUUUGAGGGUCUGUGUCACAACAAUUUGAAUCGCUCGCCGGAGGAUGCAUUUCCCACAACUUUAGAUGAUUUACAGGGCUUCUGGGAUAUGGUCUAUUUGCAGGUGACGCAUGUGGAUACCAUAUUUACCGAUAUUGAGCAAUUGAAGCGUAAUGAUUGGCAGCGCCCUGUUGAGCCCCGGCUGGAAUCAUCGGCGCCCGCUAAAACAACAAAGAUAAUUUUAAAGACUGGCAAUUCGAAAGCGAAAGGAACUGCGGCGGCCGCAGUUGGACCCUCUAAUGCUGUUGCGGCCAUGAAACGUGAGGCGCAACGCAAACAAUUGCUGGAAAUGAAACGUCAGCGACGUGAACAAUUAGCAGCAGCCAAAAAUCAAGCCGCCUGUGAUGAUGAGGCAACCAUUGGUGAUUCAGUGAACAUUGCCGUAAAAAACAGCAGCGAUACCAUUGGUGAUACAGUGAACAUUGCCGUAAAGAACAGCAGCUGAAUUGUGCUGAAUUGAUACAACAAAAACCACAUGCUCUCUAGUUAUAUACAUAUACAAAUUUAAAAAA